CUUUUCUUCGCCCUUGGUCAAGAUGACAAACUCAACAACACACGCACUCCAAACUUUCUCUCUCUAGAUAUUUCCUCUCUCCCUCCUCUCUCUCUCGACCAUUUUGUUUUUACUUUAUUUGAGAAGAAAAAUAUGAGCAAAUCGCACACUCGCAAACGCAGAUCUGCUGUUUGAUCAUUUGCCCCACUCACAUUUUUGCAAGCAGGCGCAUUUCAAUAUUUCCCCCUUUUUCCUUUUUUUUUUUCCUUUCCAUUUUUCCCCUAUUUUUGACCAAAGCAGUGUGGCAAUUCAACUUUGCGAACUUUAGCUCACUGUCUGAUCCUUUCUUCAAUCACUCCACAAGGAAAAGAGGAAAAGGUACCAAUUGAUGUUCUUUUGUUGAAGUCUUUCAUCGUGAGGUGCACGUAUGCGUUUUUGUUCGGUGGUUGAGCACCGACCAUUGGGUUUCUUAGUUAAAGUUUGAAUCUUUCCCGCUAUAUGAUGCUAAACUUCCUCAGAUGACAAACUAAGUAAGCCCUAGCCUGGUUGAUCCGUCUUGGGAGCUCAUCUUUUUCCUCGAUUUGUGUCUCUCCAUUAUCUCCUGGUUUUGAAUGCGGCUCAAUUGCGUGCCAUGUCGUGAGAGAUGAGGUUUUGGGCUGUAGAAAAUGGGGUGUGUUUUCGCAAAAGAGACUCAGUCAAAUGACCCAUCUGGCGGCGAAUCUGUGGCUGGGGAGAGAGAAGGUAAGGGUGGAGAGAGAAACUUGUCUGUGCCAUCCGGUAGGAAAGAGAGGGCAGCGGUAAGCUCCGUAAGUAAAUCGGAUGCUGAGAGUAAUGCUGGUGGCCGUGAAGCUCAAAAUGGUGGAGAAGAGAACAAUGAAGAACAUAAGGAUGAGGGCUCACGAAGACAGAGAGGAGAAAGGCGGAGGUCGAGGCCAAAUCCGAGACUGAGCAAUCCACCUAAGCACAUUCAUGGCGAGCAAGUGGCUGCCGGGUGGCCGUCGUGGCUCUCGGCUGUUGCGGGCGAGGCCAUCAAUGGGUGGACACCUCGUCGGGCGGACUCAUUCGAAAAAAUCGAUAAGAUUGGACAAGGUACUUACAGUAAUGUUUACAAAGCUAGAGAUGCCAUCACAGGAAAGAUUGUUGCGUUGAAGAAGGUUAGGUUCGAUAACUUGGAGCCCGAGAGUGUGAGGUUUAUGGCUCGGGAGAUAUUAAUUUUGCGCCGUUUGGAUCAUCCGAAUGUUGUGAAGCUGCAAGGACUGGUGACGUCUAGGAUGUCGUGUAGCUUGUACCUCGUGUUUGAUUACAUGGAGCAUGACUUGGCUGGACUUGCUUCCAGCCCGAGUGUGAAGUUUACUGAGCCACAGGUGAAAUGCUAUAUGCAUCAGCUAUUGUCAGGUCUUGAGCACUGCCACAACCGGCAUGUAUUGCAUCGUGAUAUUAAGGGAUCAAACCUGCUUAUUGAUGAUGGAGGAGUUCUUAAGAUUGCCGAUUUUGGGUUGGCUUCGACCUUUGACCCUAAUCACAAACAGCCAAUGACGAGCCGUGUGGUCACACUUUGGUAUAGGCCACCUGAGCUGCUUCUUGGUGCCACCGAGUAUGGUGUGGGUAUAGACUUGUGGAGUGCAGGAUGCAUUUUGGCCGAGCUGUUUGCUGGGAAGCCCAUCAUGACUGGGAGGACAGAGGUGGAACAGCUGCAUAGAAUUUUCAAGCUCUGCGGUUCUCCAUCAGAUGACUAUUGGAAAAAGUCAAAACUCCCUCAUGCAACUAUAUUCAAACCCCAACACUCGUAUAAAAGAUGCAUAAAGGAGACAUUUAAAGAUUUUCCGGCAUCAGCAUUGCCUCUAAUCGAUACUCUACUUGCAAUUGAUCCAAGUGAGCGUCUAACUGCCACAGCAGCCCUAAACAGUGAAUUCUUUAGAACCAAGCCAUAUGCAUGUGAUCCUUCUAGCCUUCCAAAGUAUCCACCAAGCAAGGAGAUGGAUGCUAAGCGUCGUGAUGAGGAAGCUCGAAGGUUAAGAGCUGCUGGUAAAACCCACACGGAUAUGGUAAAGAAAACACGAACCCGCGAUCGGGGAAUGCGGGCCAUGCCUGCUCCUGAAGCCAACGCAGAGCUUCAAGCCAAUAUCGAUAGACGGCGGCUAUUCACUCAUGCAAAUGCCAAGAGCAAAAGUGAAAAGUUUCCUCCGCCCCACCAAGAUGCGGGAAUAGGCUUCCCUUUGGGAUCUUCCAAUCACAUAGACCCGACUUACGAUCCGCCAGACGUGCACGUCCCCUUUAGUUCCAUGAAUUUCUCAUACUCCAAAGAGCCCAUCCAGACAUGGUCUGGCCCUUUGGUCGAUCCUUCUUCCGUAAAGAGAAAAUCGAAGCCGCCUAAGAAAGAUCAUCACCGCAAGGACAAAUAUUCUGCCAGAGAUUAAUUAAUUAUUAAACAGGGGAAAAAAGUAAAGCUGGUAAAACGUGUAAUAUAGCGUGGCCCUAUAUAUUUGCUGUCAGGUCAACACAUGGAGGUGCAGGCCAGUGCAAGUUCAUGUGUUAUAUCUGAACCGGGAAAGUAUUGGAUUUUCUAAGAGGUAUGGUAUAUUAUUUUCUUAAUUCACUGUUCCUUUGUCCUUUUUUACGAUUUUUUUCUUCGGGAAUCUUGAGAACAUUCUUGUGUAUGUUAUGAUUUUUCUUUUUUUUUUCUU